AUUUUUUAUCUCCAGUCCCAGCUGGUGACUCCUUACACACUGUAGAUGAAUCCUCUUCCUCCGUCACCAUGCUUGCCCUCUCCUGGCACAUCCCUCACUCCUGUCUCACGUGACUCAUUCCUUCUGUUUCAGGGUCCUGCCCAAACCAGACCUUCCCGCAACCUCAACUCAUUCCCGGGUCAAAAUCCUUGCUAGAUAUUUGGAGCAUUAGUACUUCUCUUGCAAAGCACACAUCACUGUGCUAAUUUUAGAAGUAUUUGUCUCAUCUUUGCUGACAGUCUGUUUCCGCUACUGGGCUGGAAACCCUGUGAGAAGGGCAAGAACCCUGGGAGUCUCAUUCAUAGCUGUAACCCCAGUGUCAUCAAUGACCUGGCACACAGAAGCUGCUUUUUUUUUGCAAGAAUGAAUGAAUGAAUAAAUGAAUGAGUGCAUUCUCUGUCUCUCCCUGGCUGCCACCCGCGCCUUACCUCUUCUGGCCACCUAUGUUCUGCUGCCCUAGAAAGAGUCAAAGAACAGCUGUGUCCCCCCUGAGGUCCAUUAACAUUUCUGAGCCUACCUCCCACUCACAUUUUAAGUUUUCUCAUUUCCACAGACUUCACUUUUAGAACUGGGCAUGGGCUGGCUACCUGCAGCUGGGGGCUCAAUGCUGGACUUUUCCUCGGGUGUGGGGGUUCACUUCCAGAUUAGACUGGAAGUUCCCUGAGGGCAAGGACUCUGCUUGGCACAGAGCCAGGUGAAAAAAUCUUUGCUCAAUGCGGGAGCCGAUAGACAUGGAUUGAAGGUGAGCGGCUCCACACUGUGGCUGAUGGCUGAGCUCUAAGUCAUGGGAGGCAUCCAUGGUGAAGAGCCCCUGCUCCCAAGAUCCCCAGAUGGGGAACUUCUUUUUCCUGUGGACAGAGUGCCUUCUCGGGAUUUUCCAGCACCAGCCCCUGAGAGCACCCCAACCCUGCUCUGAACGAGGCCUGCGUUGGCCUGGGCUGCAUGGUUACCUCCGUCACUGGCUCGCUGCGUGCCCUCGAAUGUUCUCCAUGGAGACCAAGAACUUGGCUGAUUCCUGGGACAGUCCUGCAUGCCUUUUACACAUGGAGAAGCCAGGUCUGUGGAGAACACAAGACUGGUCCACGGGCAGGUGGCAGGUGACCUGAGGCUUCUAGGUCCCCAGCACCAGGCAGCCUGGCUCCUCAAGAGAGCCGCUGGAGCCCUGGCCUGGGUGUGGCCCCACAGCAGGCCGGGCGAGGCUGCCGGGUGCCCAGCGAUGGGAGCACAGCGGGCUUUUGUGCUCCAUGGGCACCGCCCCCUGGCUGGCCCCACCCCGCUCUCUGGAGAGCCUUUACCUACCCGCCCAACUCCUGCCAAUAGCUCUGCCAGCUUGUCCUCAUUCUGCACUCAGAGUUGCUCUCCGACCAGCGCUGGGGCCCCUGCACGACAGUCCUGCUGCCAGACUCCACAGGUCCCCUCCCCCAGGCUGAUCAUUAACCUGGAGGCUGUAUAAGGGACCAACAGCCCGGGCAGGAGGGACACGUUGCAGCUGCCACUAUGGACGGUAGCACCUGGAGCCCCCCGGCCACGACCACCGCCGAGCCCCUCAAGGCCCAUGAGCGCAUCCGCAAUGCGGCUGACAUCUCUGUCAUCGUCAUCUACUUCGUGGUGGUGAUGGCUGUCGGACUGUGGGCCAUGUUUUCCACUAACCGUGGGACUGUUGGAGGCUUCUUCCUGGCAGGACGAAAUAUGGUGUGGUGGCCGAUUGGAGCCUCUCUGUUUGCCAGCAACAUUGGAAGCGGCCACUUUGUGGGACUGGCAGGGACCGGAGCAGCUGCAGGAAUUGCCACUGGGGGCUUUGAAUGGAAUGCCCUGGUUUUGGUGAUUGUGCUGGGCUGGGUGUUUGUCCCCAUUUACAUUAAGGCAGGGGUGGUGACGAUGCCAGAGUAUCUGCGGAAGCGAUUUGGAGGCCAGCGGAUCCAGGUCUACCUGUCUGUCCUGUCCCUGGUGCUGUACAUUUUCACCAAGAUCUCGGCAGACAUCUUUUCUGGGGCCAUAUUCAUCAACUUGGCCUUGGGCCUGGAUCUCUACCUAGCCAUCUUUAUCUUAUUGGCAAUCACCGCCCUUUACACAAUCACAGGGGGCCUGGCGGCUGUGAUUUACACAGACACCUUGCAGACGGUGAUCAUGCUGCUGGGGUCUUUCAUCCUGACUGGGUUUGCUUUCCACAAAGUGGGAGGGUAUGGUGCCUUUGUGACAAAAUACAUGAAUGCCAUUCCAACUGUGACCUCUUAUGGAAACACCACCAUAAAGGAAGAGUGCUACAUCCCGAGGGCUGACUCCUUCCACAUCUUCCGAGAUCCUCUCAAGGGAGACCUGCCCUGGCCUGGGCUCAUCUUUGGGCUGACCAUCAUCUCCCUGUGGUACUGGUGCACAGACCAGGUCAUUGUGCAGCGCUGCCUCUCUGCCAAAAACAUGUCGCACGUGAAGGCCGGCUGCAUCAUGUGUGGGUACAUGAAGCUGCUGCCCAUGUUCCUCAUGGUGAUGCCAGGAAUGAUCAGCCGCAUCCUGUUCACAGAGAAAGUUGCCUGCACCGUCCCCUCAGAGUGUGAGAAAUAUUGCGGCACCAAGGUUGGCUGUACCAACAUCGCCUACCCGACCUUGGUGGUGGAGCUCAUGCCCAAUGGACUGCGAGGCCUGAUGCUGUCGGUCAUGCUGGCCUCUCUCAUGAGCUCCCUGACCUCCAUCUUCAACAGCGCCAGCACCCUCUUCACCAUGGACAUCUACACCAAGAUCCGGAAGAAAGCGUCUGAGAAAGAGCUCAUGAUCGCAGGAAGGUUGUUCAUGCUGGUGCUGAUCGGCGUCAGCAUCGCCUGGGUGCCCAUCGUGCAGUCAGCGCAAGGCGGACAGCUCUUCGACUACAUCCAGUCCAUCACCAGUUACUUGGGACCACCCAUCGCAGCAGUCUUCCUGCUUGCUAUUUUCUGCAAGAGAGUCAAUGAGCCGGGAGCCUUUUGGGGAUUGAUCAUAGGAUUUUUGAUCGGGGUGUCCCGUAUGAUCACCGAGUUUGCCUAUGGAACCGGGAGCUGCAUGGAGCCCAGCAACUGUCCCACGAUUAUCUGUGGUGUCCACUACUUGUAUUUUGCCAUCAUCCUCUUUGUCAUCACUAUCAUCGUCAUCCUGGCCAUCUCCCUCUUCACCAAGCCCAUUGCAGAUGUGCAUCUCUACCGCUUGUGCUGGAGCCUGCGUAACAGCAAAGAGGAGCGUAUUGACCUGGAUGCAGAAGACGAGGACAUUCAAGAUGCCCGGGAGGAUGCCUUAGAAAUAGACACAGAAGCUUCUGAGGAGAAAAAAGGAUGCUUCAGGCGGGCCUAUGACCUGUUCUGUGGCCUGGACCAGCAGAAAGGCCCCAAAAUGACGAAGGAAGAGGAGGCAGCCAUGAAGCUGAAGAUGACAGACACCUCGGAGAACCGUUUGUGGCGGAUGGUAGUGAACAUCAAUGGCAUCAUUCUGUUGGCCGUGGCUGUCUUCUGCCACGCCUACUUUGCCUGAGUCCUGCUUUCUGCUGCAGGCUGUGCUUGUGGAGGCUGGAGUCUUCACUCUGUCUCUCUUUGGUCCCAUUCAGUGGUGUUAAAGGGACACCAGCCAGUUGUAAACUCUGCCCUGUUGAUAAGUGUGUACAUUUGUAAUUACAGGCUAGCUGGAGAAAAAUCACUGAUUUGCUGUUAACUUAUAUAUUUGAGGCCAGUGUGGUACAAUCAUCUGUACAUAUCAGAGCCGCAGAAGGAAAUUCCCCUCAGUCCAGUGUCUAGGAAAAGGCAGACUAAGAUACAGAAGCCCCGUGAUGUCUGAUGCAAGUUUUUCUCAGGUAGAUUCAGCAUGUUAACAUUGUUUGUGAUCCUUAAAUAUUGCUUAAAGAGUUGUGGUCCCCUGACUACUACCACUUUCUCUAUCUAACCUCCCCCCUCAUUUUUUUUUGAAAGAAAGCAUCACCCUACCUCAUGAAAUCCUUGUCAAGUUUUCCUGGCACAAGAAAAAUCAAUCUGAUAAAUUGAUGAACACAUUGAACCUGAGGAUGGAAGCUUGAUGGGGUCUGUGUCCUGGGUGUUUGCUCUUUGAAGGAGAGGCCUGGACAUGGCAGUACCAGUGCCAAUACAAGGGAUCCAGGCACCAGCCUUGGGCCAGAGGGGAAAGCAGAUAAUCUUGAGUCAAGGGGGUUUUCUGGCUUUCUUGAAAAUGUUCAUUGUCAGUUCCUUGUGUUUGAGAUUUCAUUUAUUUGGCAUUUCCUGUGCCUGGACUAUCUUAGCCACUCAGUAAUGUUUGUGGACUGAAUGGAUGACAUGUGUAUUUGUUAAUAAAUGCUUGUUUUCUUUUUGGGCUUUUCUGGUGGCUUAGAUGACAAAGAGUCUGCCUGCAGUGCAGGAGACCUGGGUUUGAUCCCUGGGUUGGGAAGAUCCCCUGGAGAAGGAAAUGGCAACCCACUCCAGUAUUCUUGCCUGGAGAAUCCCAUGGACAGAGGAGCCUGGCAGGCUACAGUCCAUGGGGUUACAAAGAGUUGCACGUGACUGAGCGACUUCACUUUUCUUUUUGGUUAACCUCAUGGCUGCACAGAGUACACUCUCUGGUGACUAUAAUGAAUCGGGGUGCAUUUUCCAGAGGCUCCACUGCCUCGUGGCGCUGAUGUAACUGAUUCUGUGGGGGCUUAGUAAUUGACUCUGUGUCACAUAAAGAGCAAACAUGCCUCUGGCGGCACUUGUCAUCUCAGAGCAGCCGCACUCUCCUAAAACACUGAUACUUUUAGCCCAAGAUCCUCCUCCCUAUGAGUUCAGGUGGCCACAGCUCUUUUCCCUUAUGUGUCUUGAUUGGUGAUCAUCCAUUGAACAAGGUUAGAGUGGGUGGUCUCUGUUCCAGGUAGUAUUUUGUCCAACAUUUUUAUUUUCUGUUGUACCUCUUUCCUAAGGAGAAAUUUUAAAAAUUAAAUUUAAAUUUGAUUAAUCCUUUUAGUUCCACCUGUGAAAUCUAAUCAUUUUGUAAUAUAAUUCUGUGGAAGUCAUGUGGUUUGUAUUGACUGAUUUGAGACUAGCUUAGCAAAUAGGUGGGAUCUGAGGUAGUAGUUCCUGGGGUUUAAAAAUGGUUCAACAGGUAAAGAAUGGCUUGUUCUUAUGAAAGGAAAUGAAAAUAUUUGAUGUGCCCUCAUAUUUCCCUUAAGCCAUGCAGAGAAGAGGGAAGAGUGGAAAAUUUCACAUAGCUAGUAUUACUCAGAGUACUCAGCUUUGUGGGGAGUUUGUGAUAUUUUUGAGCUCAGAGAAGAUAAAGAAUGAUGACUGAAAGCUGGUGGACUGAGCAGGCAUUCAGUAUCUAGAUGUCCUAGAUUCUGUUUCUGACCUUGCCAAUGAUUCACUGUGUAUAUUGUGGUAAAUUAUUUUUUUCUCAACUGUGUAUUUUUCUUUUUGAAAAAAUGAGGACCUUGGUGCUUAUAGCAUAUACCUACCUCCUCUAGGUGUGACAAGGUCACUUUGAAAAGUGGAUGAGUGAAAAGAGGAUGGCAUCUUUCUUACAUACAUGAAGAAUGCCAACAGAUGUUAUAUUAAACUGCAUUUAGUCCUUUUCAUUAAAAUUUAUUACUUUGGUAAAAAAAAAAUAAAAACACUGAAAAGCCA